AGAUGAUGAACAAAGUCCGUUCACCCAAACUCUCAGGUCAUCCUGACCCCAAAAGCACAUGCUGACCCACGCAACCUUCCAAAACCAUAACGGCCACAAACUAACCACCCUUUCUAAAAGCUACCACUCAAACAUUUUAAUAAUUUUUUUUCCAAAACAAAAGGGGAAAAAAAAAGAAUACAAAGUGACAAAGAUGCUAAGCAGGACAGUUGUUUCAGUGUCUGCUGUUUCUUCAACCUCUUCAACAUCUCCAUCCCGAUUUCUGUGCAAAGUAAACCCAACAAUCCCUAAAUUCUUGGGUCUGGAAAAACUCUCCAACAACUUCACAAACUGUACCACAUGGAACAAAAACUUGAACUUGAAUAGAAAGUGUAGUACAAGAAUGGACAUUUUCACGACCAAAGCAUCAGCAUCAGCAGCAGCUCAGCCUUUAACAAACGCAGAUGAGCUCAUUGGGUCUGUUGAGACUUUCAUCUUUGAUUGUGACGGAGUUAUAUGGAAAGGAGAUAAAUUGAUUGAUGGAGUCCCUCAAACUCUUGAUAUGCUCCGCUCAAGAGGGAAGAGACUAGUUUUUGUUACAAACAACUCAACAAAGUCUAGGAAACAAUAUGGUAAAAAGUUCGAGUCACUUGGUCUUGAUGUCAGUGAGGAAGAGAUUUUUGCAUCUUCUUUUGCCGCUGCAGCCUAUUUGAAGUCAAUUGAUUUCCCAAAAGAUAAAAAGGUUUAUGUGGUUGGUGAGGAUGGCAUCUUGAAGGAGCUUGAGCUUGCUGGAUUUCAGUAUCUUGGCGGGCCAGAAGAUGGUGGAAAAAAGAUUGAGCUGAAGCCUGGGUUUCUGAUGGAGCACGAUAAAGAUGUUGGGGCAGUUGUUGUUGGAUUUGAUCGCCAUUUCAACUACUACAAAGUCCAAUAUGGAACACUCUGUAUAAGGGAAAAUCCUGGGUGUCUCUUCAUUGCUACAAAUCGUGAUGCAGUCACCCAUCUUACAGAUGCUCAGGAAUGGGCAGGCGGUGGUUCUAUGGUCGGUGCUUUUGUUGGUUCAACUCAGCGUGAGCCACUGGUUGCGGGAAAGCCCUCAACUUUUAUGAUGGAUUACUUGGCAAACAAAUUCGGUAUUCUCAAGUCACAAAUAUGCAUGGUUGGGGACAGAUUGGAUACUGAUAUUCUGUUUGGACAAAACGGUGGUUGCAAAACUCUUCUUGUACUCUCCGGUGUGACCUCAUUGUCGAUGCUUCAAAGUCCAAGCAACUCCAUCAAACCAGAUUUCUACACCAACAAAAUUUCUGAUUUUCUUUCCCUCAAAGCUUCAGCUGUCUGAGCAUGCGUGGACAUUGUGCGCUGUAUAUAGAUGUUAAAUUUGUUCGUGUAGGGCGAGCAGACAAUGAAGGCUAUGCCCUAUGCCCUAUCAUUUUCGACGUUUACAUAAAUUUGCCACCUGACAAAGGAGCGUUUCUAUUUCAUUGAACAUCAAGUGUCUUUACCUUUGUGUCUGCUUCUGCAGUUUAGGGGUGCAUCCUCUGUUCCUAUUUUCAUCGUUGCCAUGUUCUUCAACAAGUCUUCAGAGAUACCAAGGCAUGUCACAAAAGCUCUUCUGGAAAAGAGUCUCCUUUUUCUCAUCCUCUCUUCGUCAAUUUAACUAAAUAAUGUCAUUCAUGGAGUAACAUCAUGCAUCACAUCACAUAACAUCAUCAUCUCUGUGGGUGGUAAUUAGUUUUAGAAAAAAACCGCCAUCACGGACAACUGUGUUCGUGUGUAUACAAAAUCUUGUGCUUUUGGCAAGCUUUAAGAAUAUAUAUAUAUAUUUUAAUGUAAAACUUGCAGAGAUAUUUCUUGAUUA